CUCCGGGCGGACCCCGCCCGGGGCGGGGCAGCGCCGGCAGGGCCCCGAGGGCUGAGGGGAAGGAGGCGGCCACUCGGUGACGGCCCGUUCUCUGGCCGCGCGGCUGCUCCUCCCGGCCUUAGGGAGCAGCAGGGCUGUGCCAGGGAGCUCGGCUGGAGUUGCCGUGUUUUUAAAGUUAAAACAGCCGAAGCUUUAGUAAUAAAUCGCCUCCGGGGCUCAGCUGCCCCUGUGCUUGACCCCCACAGACUGAGGGUAAAACCAGGAGGAUGUUUAGGGUCUCAGCCUGUCUUUCGGGGAUGUGGGGCUGAAUACGCAAGGUUUUUUAAAGCUGCAUGAUUUCAUUACUGAAUAAAUGUUCUUAUUUGAACAGUCAUUGCUGGCUCUGCCAGUGAACAAAGAGAAACAAAAUGUUAAUAUCAAGGCUGAGUUCCCAGUUACUGAAGGCUUCGAGAAUUGCAGGCCACCUCUUGCCCAGGUCAGUGUCGUCCUUCCUCUGCUGCCGCUCUCCGUGCGCACGCUACAGCACCCAGCCCCCCAACACCAGCGGGGCCCAGCCCCAGCAGUGGCACACGCUGGACCCUGAGCUGGAGGAGAUCCUCAUUCCCAGGAAACUCUCCAUCAGCCCCUUGGAGAGCUGGCUGACAGUGAGGUACUCCCUCCCCAAAGCUGAGGGGGCUCAGGAAGAAGCCAGCCAUGAAAGCCCGCAGCCCUCUGAGUGUCCCCCUGCUGCUGGGACAGGGGAUGUGGAGGAAGGAGGGGGAGCUCUGGGUGACAAAGUGCAGUGCAGGAACGUGCUGAAGAUCCGCAGGAGGAAGAUGAACAGGCACAAGUACAAGAAGCUGCUCAAGAGGAGGAAGUUCAUCCGCAGGAGGAUAAAGGAGGGGCGCAAGAGGAAGCGUCAGAUAAAAUUUGAGAAAGAUUUGGAGCGCAUCUGGAAAAAAGCUGGCUUGAAAAGUGCUCCUGCAGGGUGGCAAACCCCCAAGAUCUACCUGAGGAGUUCCAAGCGAUAAAAAAAAAAACCACCUAUCACAAAUUUUAACCUGCAAUUGUAAUUAAAAAAAAAAUAUUUAAGUAUGUCAAUGACAUUUAACCUUUUUCUGAUUGUGAUGAAAAUAGUAGGAAGGAGUUUUCCAAGGACAAACUGGCAGCUUUUCCUCCCCAGAGGAGAGGUGUGAGCUUUUUUUUCUGCUGUCCUGUGGUCAUUGCUGAAUUUCUGAAGUCCCUCUUUGAGAUGAGACUGAACCUAAGAAAAAUCAGCUGUGGGAGAUGGGAUCAGUGGAAGAAUUCCUGUUGUUUAUAUGGCACAAACCUUUGGGAAAGUUCUUUUCUAAGCUGCUUUCUUUCACAGCCUUACUGCAGAAAGGUUGGGGUUUUUUCCUAAGAGUUGUGGUGGGGUGGGAAUUGGAUCAGAAUUCCAGGGAAUUUACCUGCAGGAGCUGUUGUUGUCUCUUAUGUGGAGCCUUGGUGUGCCUUGGGCACAUUUAUUUUUGUGUUCUAUUUUGUGCUAAUAAAAAAUGGUUAUUUUUUUUGUCUUUGACUGACCCCUGUCAUGUAGAACAUCCAGAUAUUGGUCAAAGUAAAAGCUCAGAGUUAAUUAUUCAUUAACUACAAAAACUUUUUGUGCCUGAGAAAAGCCUGAUAAAAUCAGCUGUUUUUGCAUGGUUGAAGAGAGUUGUGAAAGCUGUGAAAAAUACAGGUGUUUAAAAUAAACCCUGACAGAGGACUUUUUA